GAAGGAGAUUCAUCAUUUCUAUUUGUCCUGUUUAUCAUUAUCAUUGAAAGUGAAAGUAAAAGAAAAUCCCAAAUUUUGGGUUGUCCCCAGAAAAGCAAUAGAGGGAAAAUCUUCCAAUUGGGACUAGUUCUGGUGACCUGGGGGUCCCCAAGGGAUUCCCUUAAUUUUCAGGGAUUUCCUCUCACUUCCUGUUUAGUUAUGGGACGGGAAUUGAGGGGAAAUCUCUGCAAUCAUGUGACAUCAUCCAAAUGAAACUAAUG